AUGUCAUGUGGCGAGGCAGGAGGCGAGCCUGCCGCCCUCUCUGGGCCUGCGUACCCUGGUGGGCAGGCUUCUCAGAACAAUGGAGAGCAGAACAAAAGCCCAGAUGGGGACGAAGAAGUCGAAAUCACGAAAGUCGCAGAGACUGCCGAAGCGUCGCAGUUGAAGGAAGGCACCCGGGGCGCCGGCAGCAGCGACGAAGGGAGGCGGAACGCGAAGGCCACCGCGGAUGCAGAGAGCGGAAGGGAGGCGAAAAAUCUGCGGUCGACGCCGGCGCGAUCGGCUGUGUCCUCCGAUGGAGUCAAUGGAGCGCAGUCGAGCGGAGAAAAGGACCCUGAACUUGGAAAGCGAGGAAGCCUUGACGCUCUCGAGGGGGAGAAAUCUGGAAAUCAGGAGGGGAACGGCUCACCGCAUCUGACCGCUGCAGGCAGAGACGAGCACGAAGGAGAGGCGGAAAAGGCUGAAAAAGGAGGCGAAGCGAAGCCUCAACAGUUCCGGCUCAGAGUCAGAUGUGCACCUUUCAAUCCCGUCGUCGAAAUUGCCUCCCACGCCACGUUUCAAGACUUGCUCGCGGCGGUGGCGAAGGCGACGCAGCUCCCUUACCUGGCAGACACCGACAAAUUCAGCUUGCUUGCAGGCUUUCCGCCGAAGCGACUAGAACCUGGCGCCGACGCGCGGCUCUCAGCCUUCCUGCAGGACGGCGAAGUUCUCACUCCCGAGAGGAAGCGAGCGUCGACUGGUGAGAAAAAACUGCCGAUUUUUCCGCGCCAGUCGCUACUCAUGUCUAACGAGGCCUCCGUCGCGGCCGCCACGCCGACCCGCCGCGCCGAGGGUCGCUCAUCGCCGCGAUCAAGCAACAUCCGCACGCUCUCGCCUGCCUCAUCGUCGUCUUCAUCUCGCUUCUCCGGUCGCCGCGAGCCCAGAUCGCCCGCGUCGGCGGCCGCCGGCCCGCGAGGGACAAGGGGAGGACGCAGGGCGCAGGCGCAUUCCCUGGGCAGCACGGAGGAAGAAGUCGCAGAGAACCUCGUUCGCCUUUUCACAGACAAAGGAACCUCCGCUGCAGAGCGCGGUCUGAGGAAGGCUUUCUCUCUCGCGCUUCAUCAGCGUUACGACGAAGUCGCGGCGGACGAGAGGUGGGGCGCGGUGCAGGGGCGGCGCUUCGAGAUCCGCGAGGGCCUUCCGCAGCCAGGGAAGUUCACAGUGGUUUUCUACGCGCCGGUCGCGGGACGCCUCGACACGCAGCGCACGGAAGAAUACACCGCGCUCCCGAAGCCGCUCGUGCUCAUCGUCCUCUCGCAAGUCUGGAAGAGCGCCGAACAAGUCGACCGAAACAAUUUGCGGCCCUACUACAUGGCUCACGCACAACCCAUGGUGUUCUGGAAUAUCGUGCGUCACUUCGACGGAGAUUUCGGGGCGUGCUUCAGGGAGGUGUUCCCGGCGUUUGCGGUGGAGGAGCUGCUAGAGCGGAAGCGAGAGCUCUCUGAGAAGGCCAAAGAGAACAAGCGGCAAGCUGAGGAAGCUGCGGCGGCGCGUGAGGAGAAACGCUUGCUCCGCGAGCAGCAGAGACUGGCGCGGGCCGCGGGCGUGAAGGCGGCAGUCUCCUCGCCGAAUGCGGUCGCCGCGUCGCCCGAGAGGGGCAAGCAAGGUUUGAGCGCAGGGCGCGCAGAGGGAGAGACGCUGGCAGCUGAACAAGCCGCGCGCGAGGCCGCAGAAGAAGAAGAGUCGAAGGAGGGCGACGGGCGGAGUGUCGAGAGAGCCGCUCUACCGCCAGUUGAGUGCGUCACUGUGGACGAUGACUCCGCAAGCGAGAGUGCAGCCGAGGCGCAGGCGGCCGCUGCCGCAGGCGAUGCGCGGGAGCAAGCAACGGCAGCGGGACAGCACGGGGCGAAACAUGAAGGCCGAGAGGAGGAAGCAAAAAACUCAAACCAAAAGGAGUCGGGACGAGAGCGACGUGAGGAAACCGAGCUAGAGGGGAAAACCCGCAGCGCCGAUCGCGCGGAGGACGGAGAAUCGCCAUCCGCAGUCUGCGCCGAAAAGACUGAGGAGAGUCCAGCGCGCGCGGAGAAAGCGAAUGACAGUGAAGACGGGCGUGGGCGAGUCAAACAGGAAGGCGACGCGACACUCGAGAGGUGCGAGCGCAAGGGAGCCGAGAGGCCAGACAACGCGGGUGGGGCGAAUGGCGAUAGGGGGACAGAGAGGUCACCCGCUUGCGCGCCGAAGAAAGGAAAGGCUCGAGAGUCCGAUCCGGCAGUGGCGGCAUCGGAAGCGCCUCUGCCGCGAGCUACGAGUUCUGAGUCUCUCCUCGCGGACGCUCAAGAGUCCGCAUGGAUUCCGUCCUCUGCAGCGGCCGCACCAUCUUCGUCGCCGCCCACGUCUCUCCCUGCGCAAGGCGAAGCGUGGGGGUCGCAGGAUGCGCCGGCAAAGGAGACGAAAACAGCGCUUGAUGCAUUCCGCGAGAGUUCAGUCGAUGCCCAGCGCCCGGCGUUGACGCAGGCACAAGGUGGAAACGGGGGCGGGAGAGAGGAGGGAGAGAAAAGCGCCGACGCCGCUCAGGAGGAUGCCGCGGCCGUCGAGGCUGCGAGCGAGGGGACACCAGCUCGCACCGAGGAAGCAGACGCGCCGGCUGGCGUGGAGAGUGAAAACAGAAUCUCUUCUGCGCUUCGAACGCCGAGGAAGCGAGGCCUGCCAAACGACGCCGCAGCAACAUCCGGCCGACUGGGCACCGCGCUUCCGCGAGUCAUUGUCGCGUGGGCUGGUGGUGAGGCGGUGGCAGACGACGAGCUCGAUGGCGACUACGUACAAGAAAGCGAAGAGGAAGAGGAGGACGAGCUCGAGGGAAGCAGGCGGCGAAGAAAACGACAGAAACGACAAAAUGGACGCGAAAUCAAGCAGGCGGCACUCGCGACAGGGCAGCCGCGCGGUGUGGAGCCCAGUGACGAGACACCGAGCGCAUCUCCCGCCGAGCGGCGCGGCUGGCGCGGUCGCAGAGGGCAGCUGACUUCGCCCUCUGAGGCCGAGGCGCCUGCGUCUCCUUCUCAGCCUUUGCCUGCGUCUCCUGCCUCGGCAGCGGCUGAAGGCGAGCCGGCGAAGGGGCGACAGGCGCGGGGCGGGCGUGGAGCGAGAGGAAGGGGUCGAGGCGCUGCAGCGACCUCGCAGAAACGCGACGCGACGCAGCAGAAUGAAGAAGAAAAACGAAAGGAGAUGGAGCAAAGAAGGCGCAACUUGGCAGCUGCUGCGGAAGCUCGCGCUUCCCAGCAGGCCCCUUCUUCAGCCCGAACGUGA